AUGGGUGUGGAGUCGCCAAGGACCCGAGGCCGGCCGGGCCGCCUGCUCUGGCCGCUGCUGCUGCUGCUGCUGCUGCUGUCCCUGAGACAGGAGGAGGCGGCCCCCAACCAGCAGCCCCGCGUCCCCAGCCCCUCGCAGGCUCCGGGGGAGGCAGGAGCGAGCCCGGGGGCUCAGAAGGGCCGGGGACCCGCGGGCAGCGGGCCCCAGGGCUCUGCAGCCCCAGACCAAGGUCCCUUUGAAGCAGACCGUGUGGGGCGGAGCCGGGCCCCGGGCAGGGCUGGCACACUGGGCUGGAGUGGGGGCCCAGACUGGGGUGCUGGAGGGGGCGAUCAAAUGGCGGUGGGCGGGGGCCGAGGGCGGCUGGGGCUGGAUGGGGCUGGAUGGGGCUGGAUGGGGAGGCUAGAGAUGGCCAGGGAGGCCCAAUGGUGGGUGGGGGGUGUCCCCACAGUGUGCGGGAAGCCCAAGGCGAUAGGGAAGAUCUACGGUGGCCAGGACGCGGUGGCCGGCCAGUGGCCGUGGCAGGCCAGCCUGCUCUACAAGGGCUCGCACCUCUGCGGAGCUGUCCUCAUCGACUCCCGCUGGCUGGUUUCGACCUCCCACUGCUUUCUCAACAAAUCCCAGGCCCCGGAGGACUAUCAGGUUCUGUUGGGAAACACCCAACUGUACCAGCACACCCAGCACAGCCAGAAGAUGUCUGUGAACCGGAUUAUCAGCCACCCGGAUUUUGAGAAGUUCUACCCCUUCGGGAGUGACAUUGCCAUGCUGCAGCUGCACCUGCCCGUGAACUUCACUUCCUAUGUCAUCCCUGCCUGCCUCCCACCCCCAGACAUGCAGCUGCCCAGUAACGCAUCCUGUUGGAUAACUGGCUGGGGAAUGCUCACCGAGGACAUGCACCUGUCACCGCCCUUCUCUCUACAGGAGGGUAAGGUAGGCAUCAUUGAGAACACGUUCUGUAAUAUGUUAUAUGAGCAAAGAACUGGAGAAGACAAGAACUCCCCUGUGCGGGAAGAGAUGCUGUGUGCUGGGGACUUCUCGACGGGAAAGUCCAUCUGCCGAGGUGAUUCCGGGGGACCCCUCAUCUGCUACCUCCCCGGUGCCUGGGUCCUAGUGGGCCUGGCCAGCUGGGGCCUGGACUGCCGGCAUCCUGCCUACCCCAGUGUCUUCACCAGGGUCACCUACUUCACCGACUGGAUCAACGGAAUCAGGAGGCUCACUCCUGUCCCUGACCCCGAGUCUGCUCCUCUGGGCACCAGUUCCCCCCCACUGCCUCCGAGGGCUGCUGCCUCACCCGGGCCCGGCACCACCCUUGUGCCUCCGCAGACCUGGCUGCUGCCACCCCUCAUCCUCAGGGCCCUGCAGCCGGCCCUGUGGUGA